GCCCCCAGAGCCGCGGCCGAAGACCGCGAAGCGCAAGGCCGCGGCCGCGCCGCCGGUGGCGCCGAAGCCGAUGCCCGUGAAGCGCCCCGCGCCAGCGCCCGAGGCUAUGGAGCCGCCACAGAAGGUACGGGCCGCGGCGAAGACGCAGGGGAAGAAACCCAGCAGGAUCUCCAAGCCCACGGACGAGUCGCACGCAACGUUGCAGCAAGAACUGGCCGCCGGCUAUGCGGCGCUGGCGGCGGCCGCUGCGCAGGCGCAAGCGGAGGAGGCAGACGAGGCGGAGGCGGAGGUGCCCGAGCCGCCAGCCGAGCCCGACGCUCACGCGGCUUUCCCGCCUAGCGCGCAGGCGGCGCUGGCUGGUUACCCCGCUUGGAAAUCAUCGCCUCCCUGGCGCUCCACGUCAAUGCAAAUGCCACCACCGCCAAAGUCUUCUCCGGUCGAGGCCAGCCCGGCCAUGGCCGGCAUGGCCAGCGCUGCCCAGGCAGCAGGGCAGGUGCUGAGUCAAAUGCGUCUCAUCAGACCGAAAGCUCGUCCAGGCAGCAAUGGCUACUCCACAGGAGCUCCACGGAUUACGCCCUACUUGGAUAUGCCGCGGUCAGCCACGCCCCCGCCGCCGCCACCUCCAAAGACGUCGGAGGAGGUGGCUGAUGGCUUGGCGUCCAAUGACAUCUCCGCCUGGGCUCGCGCCUGGAAACUGGAGAGCUACGAGGCAAUUCUGCUCCGCAACUACGACGAUGUGGACCAGAUCGUCUGUCUGCAUUGUGAUGACUUGUGGCUCUUCUUUAAAGACAACAAUGUCUACGAUGAGGCGGAUCAAUGGGCCUUCACCCAUGCCAUCCAGGGUCGGCAAGCCUUUACCAGCUGAGGGCCUGAGGGCCAGGUGAGUGAAUGAUCCAGCGGAGGAUGUCCUGAGGAUGUCAUAGAUUUUCU